AGGUCAGUAAAGAGGAUGUGGUUAGUUCUUGUUACCUGUUCAGUCUCCUUUCCGAUUUCCUUUUUGUGCAGAUUGUCAGGCCCAGAAAGUCAGCUCUGGAAGGUCAAGCUGCUUUUCUUAAUAGCCACCACAAAACACUUGAGCCCAUGGGCAAACCAGAACCUUGCCUCUGGAGGAAUCUACUGCCACCUCCUGGGCAUUCUUAGCAGGGUUACAGAAUCUGUUAAGAAUAUUGUGCCAGGAUGGUUACAGAGAUACUUCAACAAGAAUGAAGAUGUAUGCAGCUGCUCAACAGACACGAGAGAGGUACCACAGUGGCCGGAAAAUAGAGAAGAUGAUCAUCUGAUAUAUGCUGAUGAGGAAAGCGCUAAUAUUCAUGAUGGGAGACUCACUCCUGAGCCAACAGUCAGUAAUACAGGAGAACCCUCAACAACUAGUACUGCUUCAAAUUAUCCAGAUGUAUUAACAAGGCCUUCUCUUCAUCGGAGCCAUCUAAAUUUCUCCAUGUUGGAAUCUCCUUCAUUACACUGUCAGCCCUCCACAUCAUCGGCAUUCCCAAUUGGCAGUUCUGGAUUUUCCCUUGUAAAAGAAAUUAAAGAUUCUACCUCUCAGCAUGAUGAUGAUAACAUCUCAACUACCAGUGGGUUUUCUUCAAGAGCUUCUGAUAAAGAUAUAACUGUUUCAAAGAAUACUUCAGUGCCCGCUCUGUGGUCCCCAGAGGCUGAACGUCCUCAUGCACUCUCACAGCACACUGCCGCCAGCGCAAAGAAACCAGCAUUCAACUUGUCUGCCUUUGGAACUCUUUCUCCUUCACUUGGGAGUUCUUCAUUCCUUAAAACGAGUCAACUUGGAGAUUCUCCUUUUUAUCCUGGAAAAACAACAUAUGGUGGGGCAGCAGCUGCUGUAAGACAGACUAAACUACAAAACACACCGUAUCAGGCACCAUUCAGAAGACAGAUGAAAGCUAAGCAGCUCAAUGCAGAAUACUAUGGUGUGACUAGUUCAACAGCUCGGCGAAUACUGCAGUCUUUAGAGAAGAUGUCAAGCCCUUUAGCGGAUGCAAAAAGAAUUCCAUCUGUUGUUUCUUCUCCACUGAAUUCUCCUCUUGAUAGGAGUGCUAUAGAUACCACCACGGAUUUUCGGGCCAAAAGGGAAAAGGUGGUCUGUCAGUAUCCCCCAGUUCAGAGACUCAUGACUCCAAAGCAGGUAUCCAUAGCAGCAAAUCGAACUGCUUAUUUUAAACCAUCUCUAACCCCAUCUGGUGAAUUAAGGAAGACAAAUCAAAGAAUAGAUAAAAAACACAGUGAAAUGGAAGUACCAGUAUUACCGAAUAUCUCUCUACCCAUCACCAGUUCUUCACUGCCUACCUUCAAUUUUAGUUCUUCUGUGAUCACUUCUCCAUCACCAGUUAGUCCUGUACAGUCAUUAACAAAUAAGGUACAAAUGACCUCUUCAAAUAACACCAACAGUCCCAUGUUUAGAUUUUCAUCUCCAAUUGUAAAAUCUACUGAGGCAGAUGUACUACCUCCAUCAUCUAUUGGAUUUACAUUUAGUGUGCCCGUUGCAAAAACAGCAGAACUUUCUGGCUCUAGUAGUAUUUCAGAACCAAUUACAAGUAGUUCAGCUCAAGAUAUCACUGCAAUGAACAGUGCAAGCUGUAAGAAGCCAGAUGAAGACUGUGAGGGCCCUUUUAGACCUGCAAAGACCCUGAAAGAAGGAAGUGUCCUAGAUGUUUUGAAAAACCCCGGUUUCACAUCACCGAAGGCAGAUUCUCUUGCUGCUGAUCCUAUCACCACAAGCCCGGUAGUUUAUACAAGACCAGCAAUAAGUAGCUUUUCUUCUAGUGGAAUCGGGUUGGGGGAAAGUUUAAAAGCUGGAUCGUCAUGGCAGUGUGAUACUUGUCUACUCCAAAACAAAGUUACAGACAGCAAGUGUAUAGCCUGUCAAGCAACAAAAUUGCCACCAAGAGAUACUGCUAAACAGACUGGAGUUGGGACACCAAGUAAAAGUGGCAAACCAACUCUUUCCACAUCAGGGACAGGUUUUGGAGACAAAUUUAAACCAGCAGUAGGAACUUGGGAUUGUGAUACCUGUUUAGUGCAAAAUAAACCAGAAGCGAUAAAGUGCGUAGCUUGUGAAACACCGAAACCUGGAACUGGUGUUAAGCGAGUCCUUACUUUGCCAGUGGCUUCAGAGAAUGCUGUCACCGUGGCUGCUUCAUCUUCCAGCUGUACUGUGACCACUGGUGCCUUAGGAUUUGCAGAUAAAUUUACAAAGCCCAAGAGAUCGUGGGAGUGUCCAGUAUGCUGUGUUUCUAAUAAUCCAGAAGACAAUAAAUGUGUGUCCUGUAUGUCUGAGAAACCAGGCAGUUCAGUACCUGCGUCAAGUACCAGCUCUGUCCCUCCCUCUGUGUCUUCAGGAGGCUGCCUAGGAUUGGACAAGUUCAAGAAACCUGAGGGAAGCUGGGACUGUGAGGUGUGCCUAGUGCAGAAUAAAGCAGAUUCUACCAAAUGUGUAGCAUGUGAAAGCGCCAAGCCAGGCACAAAAUCUGAGUUUAAAGGCUUUGGCACAUCUUCAUCUUCGAACCCAACAGCCUCAUCCUUCAAAUUUGGUAUUCCAUCAUCCUCUUCUGAACCUUCUCAGACUUUAACAAGCCCUGGAAAUUUUAAAUUUGGAGAUCAAGGAGGCUUUAAAAUAGGUGUGUCAUCAGAUUCUGGGUCUUUAAACUCCAUGAGCGAAGGCUUUAAAUUUUCUAAACCAGUAGGAGAUUUUAAAUUUGGAGUUUCAUCUGAUUCUAAACCGGAAGAAGUUAAAAAGGACAGUAAGAAUGAUAAUAAUUUUAAGUUUGGACUUCCUUCUGGUUUAAGCAAUCCAGGUUCUUUAGCUCCAUUUCAGUUUGGAGUGUCUAAUCUUGGGCAGCAAGAAAAGAAGGAGGAACUGGCUAAACCUUCACCUGCAGGCUUUAGUUUUGGUACGGGUGUUAUUAACCCUGCUCCUGCUGCUGCUAACACCAUGGUGCCCUCUGAGAACAAGAGCAACUUCAGCUUUGGAACUAUCGAAACCAAGAGUGUCUCAGUGGCUCCUUUCACAUGUAAGACGUCCGAAGCAAAAAAAGAAGAAAUGCCUGCCGCCAAAGCAGGGUUCCCUUUUGGCAAUAUGGAACCUGCCCCUCUGCCAUCUGCCUCAUUGUUUGAUUUGGGAAGGACAGAAGAGAAACAACAAGAGCCUGUCACUUCUACUUCUCUAGUGUUUGGGAAGAAAGCUGACAAUGAAGAGCCAAAGUGUCAACCAGUAUUUUCCUUUGGGAAUUCAGAGCAAACCAAAGAUGAGAGUUCUUCCAAGUCGACCUUUAGUUUCAGUCUGGCAAAACCGUCUGAGAAGGAGUCCGAACAGCCAGCCACAAAGGCCACUUUUGCUUUUGGAGUUCAAACCAGUACGACAGCUGAUCAAGGUGGAACGAAGCCAGCUUUUAGUUUCUUGAACAAUUCCUCGAAUUCAAGUACACAAGCUACGUCAGCUGGUGGCAGCAUAUUUGGUAGUUCCACUUCCUCCAGUGCCCCGAUGGGUGCCUUUGUGUUUGGACAGGCCAGCAACCCUGUGAGCAGCUCUGCCUUUGGUAACCCUGCUGAGUCCAGUACAUCUCAGUCUUUGCUGUUUCCUCAAGAGAGCAAACCAGUAACCACAUCCAACACGGGUACAGCUGUUACCCCAUUUGUCUUUGGUCCAGGAGCCAGCAGUAAUAAUACUGCAACCUCUGGUUUUAACUUCGGAGCUACAACUACGUCUGGCUCUUCAGGAUGCUCCUUUGUGUUUGGCACUGGACCUUCAGCACCAUCUGCCAGUCCAGCAUUUGGUGCUAACCAAACCCCAACAUUUGGACAAAGUCAAGGUGCCAGCCAGCCUAAUCCCCCAGGCUUUGGAUCUAUAUCAUCUUCAGCAUUAUUUUCUGCUGGUUCUCAGCCUGCACCGCCUACGUUUGGGACAGUGUCAAGCAGUAGCCAGCCUCCUGUGUUUGGACAACAGCCUGGUCAGUCUGCAUUUGGCUCUGGAACAGCUCCAAAUUCCAGUUCAGUUUUCCAGUUUGGCAGCAGCACUACAAAUUUCAACUUCACAAACAACAAUCCGUCAGGAGUAUUCACAUUUGGUGCAAAUCCGAGCACAGCUGCAGCCUCAGCCCAGCCUUCUGGCUCAGGGAGCUUUACGUUUAAUCAGCCGUCAGCUUCAUUUACAGUGGGGUCAAAUGGGAAAAAUAUGUUCUCUUCUGGAACUUCAGUUCCUGGUCGCAAGAUAAAGACUGCUGUUAGACGCAGGAAAUAAAGGUCACAAGUUUUAACAAAAGCUGGUGUCCUGCUUUUAGAUACUGGAUUGUACUACAUGCUGGAGUUAUCUGAAGUCAAAUCUGUCUGCCUAAGGACUUCUUUGAUUUUAGAAUUUUCCUCUUUCUUUCUUUACAAAAGCCCCGCCGUCAUUUCUCGCUACACCGUUUUAAAACAAUAAUAGACUGAUGACUGACUCUUCAGCAAAAAUAUUUUAUGAUCCAGCAAAUUAUUCACUGAUUUGGCUUAGGCUGGCUGAAUUCAGGAAUGGAGCCCGCUCAGUGAAUGGCUUUGUAUAGAACCUCUUCGUCUGCACCAUUAUGUGCGUUGAUAUGCGUUUAUGGAACGCAUUGAUAAUUGUAAUUAUAUCUGAGGAAUUCUGUAUAGAUUAGAGGAUCUUGAAAUGAAUGAUUUCUAUGCUGAGUUUGUGCUGGUAUAUGUGUGAAGUGAGUGAGUUUGGGUGUAUUGUGCACUAAAAUUUUCUGAUAGAGGAAGCCUGAUUAAAGAA